UGUGAGUUCUUAACGAUGCUUGUCCGAAGAUAAAGAUAUUAGGCCCUACAUAUGCCGUUGUCUUUUCAAAACUCGACAAUAAUGCCACAAAGACGAGGAUUAUAGCCAAAUAUAGGCCAUGCAAUACUGGAUAUCUACUAUAGCUGCAAUGCCAAAGGAAGUAACUUACGAGAAGCGUCGGGAGUUUUACUGGGCGAAGAAACAAGCCAAAAGAGAAGUCCCUGCUACAGUUAGACGAAAGGCCUACAACAACUCUUUUAUCUCCCCAAAUGGCAAGGAACCCGGAAAACCCAACGAAGAUGAAAUACGGUUUCUUCAGUGCACUGAGUACGGAGAUUUGCCAACGCUGCGCGCAAUGCUGGAGAAGGAUACUUACAUGAGUCUCUUAAACUGCACCGACUACAAUGACCGGACGGCGAUAGAAAUUGCCACAGAAAAUGAGCACCUUGAAAUCGUGGAAUACCUUAUCAAGUAUGGGGACAGAAGACUAGAUAUGAGACCAAUAAACGAAUCGCUUAUGAUUGCAAUAAGCAAAGGCUACGUGCGCAUUACCAAAGCGCUACUGAAACAUCCUAUGUUCAGACAAAAGAGCAAAGAUAAAAGUCGCUUAGGAACAAUAACAAAUUAUUUUUGCCGGACUUCCGCGACCAACUCCAAAUUUGACCAGGACAUAACACCUAUAAUGUUAGCCGCUCACUGUAACGAGGUCGACAUCAUUCGGUUGCUACUCCAACGUGGAGAAGGAAUAGCAGAACAACAUCACAUACUCUGUGCUUGUACAACAUGUUCAAACAGAAGACGAUUUGACCCUUUGAAAUACUCGAAAGCCCGUAUGCACGCCUUUAAAGCUCUUGCCAGCCCGGCUUGGAUGUCUCUGACAAGCUCAGAUCCUAUUCUGACAGCAUUCGUUCUUAGCAACGAGUUAAUGGAAUAUGCAAUAAUAGAAAAGGAGUUUAAGAACCAAUAUCGAGAUUUGUCGAAACAGUGCAAGAAGUAUGCUUCUGAUCUGCUUGAGAUGUGCCAGAGUACAGAAGACGUCGAAACGCUAUUGAAGAUGGAUGGUACAACUCUUGAAAACGUUACAGACGACAACGAGUCGAAAGAAACUGGAACGUUAGAUCUUGGAAGAGUAAAGCAAGCCAUAAUUUACCAGCAGAAAGCCUUUGUGGCCCAUCCGCACUGCCAACAUCUACUUGCGACGCUCUGGUACAAAGGAAUGCCCGGCUGGAGGCAAGGCAAUAUCGUAUACAAGUCUAUAAUGACGCUAUUAGUUUUUCUAACACUACCAGUACUAGCAUUUAUUUAUAUCUUUGCUCCACAUAGUAGGAUUGGAAAAUUCGUCCGGACUCCAUUAGUGAAGUUUAUUAUGCAUUCAGGAACGUACCUUAUUUAUCUGUCUCUACUCUUCUUUCAAUCAAAGUACACAGAAACAAUAUUUAAUAACGGUGACCAUUCGACCGACGAAGAUUUCUGUACUCGUGCAAAAAACUGUAGCGCCCUCGACGACUGGCUCAACAUUUCCCCAAAUUGUGGCAACAAAUAUAGGCUGUUACGCUUUACAAGGCCAAAUGCUUUUGAUAUUAUCAUUAUGAUUUUUUUAGUAGGUAUGUUUUGGAACGAACUGAAACAGGUCUGGUUGGAAGGUAGUCGUAUAUAUUUAUCUUCUUUUUGGAAUUGGCUUGAUAUAGCCAUGUUGAACCUCUAUUUUACAAGCUUCAUCCUGAAAUUUGUCUCCUAUCAUUCAGCGCAGAAAGCAAUAGACUAUUUCAAUGGCCCCGACGCAUGUGAAGGUCUGGAGUCAAACAGUAGUGUGGUUAAUCGGCAUAUUUAUUACCUGUCGUCUGAUCGUAAAUGCUGGGAUCCACAAGACCCCGUUUUUCUAGCUGAAGGACUUUAUGCAUUAGCAAACGUGAUUAGUUUUACACGGGUUACGGAAGUUUUAGCGGCUAGUGAAUUUCUAGGCCCACUUCAAAUCUCACUAGGUCGCAUGUUGGGUGAUAUUCUCCGCUUCGGCAUCGUAUUCGGACUUGUUCUUGUAGCCUUUCUUUGUGCUAUGUAUAAUCUUUAUUGGUAUUAUCCGAUAAGUGGUAUAUCAGGUCGAGAAGUGGAAAAUGCAUUUGGAUCAAUUAGCAAUACAUUCUUAACACUAUUCUGGGCGUUGUUUGGGUUGGUCGGUAAAGAUAAUCCUAUAGUCCUAUCGUCUGUGGAUGAUUCUUAUUAUACCAUCACCAAAAUAGUUGGUACCAUACUUUUUGCGCUGUACCACGUGGUCAUGGUCCUUGUUAUGCUGAACAUGCUUAUUGCUAUGAUGUCAAACUCGUAUCAAGAAAUUGAGAAUGACGAGGACGUGGAAUGGAAGUUUGCUCGAGCCCAAUUAUGGAUAUCGUAUUUUGACAACAGUGCUACUUUACCCAUUCCAUUUAAUUUGAUCCCCAGUCCCAAGUCCUGCCUCUACAUAUAUAAAUGGUUUAAAGGAUUUUUCAAGGCAAAAGAACCAAUACAGAACAUACCAAUGAGAACACGUGCGCGCUCAUCUUUAUCAGAUAGGAGAAACGGAGUGUUCCAUGUCAUGGGAUCAGGAUUUCGGCAGUCUGGGGAAGACAAAAAUCAGGUGAAAUACAUUCAUAUUACCUCAGGCGCGGAUCUAGUAGGCGGAACGUGCCGUUUCGCCACUAACUUUUAA